AUGGGGAAUCUCAGAUGCUCAGACGACGAAAAAUGCACAUUUUUUAUCGCUCGGCCCCACGAAAUUGUGCUGUGUACAUCCAAUACCUAUGUAAAUCCGCAAAGGGCUGCAGGCGCGGUGACGUGCAGAGCGUCUGUGAACGGCACCAACUGCUGCGGGAGGCGCGAAACGUCAGAAAUGCAGAGUGAGAACGACGCCUCAACUGACCCAGCUCAGAUUCAUGACAUCGGGUUAUUCUCCAGAGAUGCCGCUGAGCAGUGCGCUGCAGCGGGAUGCGAUUUCUUUGUACUGUCGACAGUUCCCUUCGACGGAUUUGUGUUGGGCGAAAGAAGAGGGGCAAACCUGGCCGGUGAGGCGUCGCUAACCACUGCGAUUUACCGUGCUCUACAGCUUUAUCACGACAUAUUCAGUUGUCAAUGGGCAUAUGCAAAGCGGUGCACUCGCCGAUUAGAGAAGCAAGUGCCUCCCUAUAGGAGCCCAGCUACUUUCAUGAUACAUGAGCAUUGCAGUUUUUGGCGAAACGCCCUACGUUUCAAUAAUUUUAAAGGCGUCAAAACUGCAAGUGCUAAAAGCAGCAAUUGA